GCCAGAAACCAGAGUGCCUAGACGACGGACGGACUCGCGGGAGGUGGAACUUCAAGCCCGGAUUAUCGACCUGAAUGGGCGUGGGAUUGAGCCCCGAGCAUUGAGACUUUGCGCAACUAAUUCCGGUGUAUCCGAUUUGGGGCGGCAUGCGACGAAUCAAGGCGUGUGUGUAAAACAAAAUCCCAAGAGCGAGCGACACAAACCGAGCGAGAGCGAUCCACGGCCUCCAUCCAAUCCAACCUUGUUUCGUAGUUUGGCCACCGUUGAAGUGACAAUCACCCAUACCAAAACCACCACACAAGUCUCGCGCAUUUUGGGUCUUAGCCGAUAAAUUGCCAGCCCGGCAUCCCGUCAUCCCGUCAUCCCGGCAUCCCAAUUGAGGCCCAGUUCGAGUCACACCUCCUCGGAGGAGGAUCGAGCACCCCUCCCCUCCCUCCGGCAUGAACCGAGAGGAGUUCUUCCAUUUCGUGGCUGGCGGGACGGGCGGCACGGUCAGUGCCUUUGUGACGUGUCCCUUGGAGGUGGUCAAGACGCGGCUCCAGUCUUCCAAUUCCGGCUUUCAGCGGCCGGAAAGCGGCUCCACGAGAAGCGCCGGCCCUGUCACUGCGUCCACCACGGGUCCUAGCCAUGGGGGAGUGUCCCCAGCCGCGCCCACCGCUGCCCAGGGCUCAAGGCACCACCACUACCGCCCGCAUCCACCAACCCAUCACAGCCACUCCAUUUCCACCACCACCACCACCACCCCAGGGGGUGGGGCCCACAGUAAACUGAUCAUGCCGGAUUUUGCCGCUCCCAGCCGCUCAGUCACCACUGUACCUUCUUCCACUACGUUCAAUGUCAGAUACACGGGCUCCUCUUCCAGUAGUAAAAGCAGUAAUAUCAGUCACCUAAGCGGCAACCCGCGCAUUAACGACAACAGCAGUAAUAGUAGUAGUAGUAGUGGUGGUGGUGGUGGCAGUGUUAGUAGAAGUAGUACUAGUGGUGCGAGGAGUGGACCUAGUAGUAGCAGCCGUGGCCAGAUCCUCCGCCAGUGUCGGGCUCCACCGGGUUGGUUCCAGACUUGGGCUGUGAAUUACUUCUCGACCACCGCUCAUGUCAAUCAGUGUGUGGGGGUGCCGCCCAACCGUGUCCAGCCCACCAUGGGCGUGUUCCAGUGCCUCAGGUACAUCAAACGAACCGAGGGCUGGACAGGCCUCUAUAGAGGCUUGGGCCCCAAUCUGGUGGGCGUGAUCCCCGCCCGAUCCAUCUACUUUUACUCGUACAAUCGAGCCAAGCGAACCGUCAAUGGGUCCAUGCCCAAAGGCUAUCGAGACACUCCCUUCGUGCAUCUCAUUUCCGCCGGAGUUGGAGGAUUCUGCUCAGCCACGGCCACUAAUCCGCUCUGGUUGGUCAAGACCCGAUUGCAAUUGGAUCGCUCUUGUGGCAACAACUCCCUCACCUUCACCCGAUGUACCAUUAACAUCUACAACACCCUGGGGUUCUUUGGGUUUUGGAAGGGUGUGACGGCCUCGUAUUGGGGCAUCAGCGAGACCAUGAUCAAUUUUGUGAUUUAUGAAUACCUGAAGAAGAUGUGGGCCGAGUACCAAGAGAGUCACCCCGAGCUAGCCAACCAUUGGUUCUACUCCAGUUGGUUCAUCCCUUGCAUGGUGUGUGCCAGUGUCUCCAAAUGCUGCGCGUCCUGCCUCACUUAUCCACAUGAAGUGGCCCGGACGCGUUUGCGCGAAGACGGUCACAAGUACCGUUCGUUUUGGCAGACAUUGCGGACCGUGUUCCACGAAGAAGGCCGUCGGGGUCUCUACCGAGGGUUGGUGACCCAAAUGGUGCGACAAAUCCCGAACACUGCCGUCCUCAUGGGCACCUACGAGCUCACGGUGGACCUCUUGGGGCGAUAUUUCUCCACAAAGUCAGAGGACAAUCCUCAGCAUGAAAAGACAUCCGCGGGUUAAACGAGCUCUCAUUUUGAUCAUUGAGUGUAGUGCCAGACAGGAUGUGUGUGCUUGCAUGUUGUGUCCUCCCAAAGGAAUGACGAAGCGAAACAGAGUGAAAGAACAAGUGAGUGAAUAAGUGGAAACGACAAAAGCAAACACGACGACCACGAUUACCACGAUUACGACGAUGACGACCUACGGAAUCAAUUCAAGUGCCUUUAUGUGAUGAGUAGCUCAAAAUUACCCCGAUCUUCAAAAUAUAUCCAACUGUGUUUAUUUGCGACCGUGGUGGGCUGCGGCCAAGAAUCAGAUUGACUACGAUAUUAUGAAUAUUACUACUAUUAUUAUUAUCAUCACUAAUGUUAUUAUCAUUAUACUUACUAUUCGUGCUAUGAUUAUGAAAUACCUUGAGAAGGAGAAGAAAUGCGAAUUCACCAACGACGACGAUGGUGAUGAUGAUGUUGUUGAUGCUGAUAAACCGAAAAACAUAGCCUCCAUUAAUCAAUGCAACUCGUCUAUGAGGGAAAAGCGCUGACAGAGCCUCUCACGAAAACAAAAAAAAAGCAUUUUCUCCCCAAUCUGACCAUUGUGUGAAUCUGUAAUCCCUUAGCGUAGCCCGUAACGAACGUCUAUCUAAUUUGAAUUCGAGUUUUGUGACCACGUACCACCACCACCACCACUACUACUACUACUUCUACUACUACUACUAUUCCCAAUGUCGUCGAUGUGAACAUGCAAACAUGCAACAACGUCUACAAGAGAAACAAACUCAUCUUGAAUCAGAAGAGUCGGACAGCGAAAUCCUAGUUUUGUUACUUGUUUCUAAAAGCAGAGUUGAAAUAAACCCUGAUGCAACGAUA